AUGAGAGGAAUCCGCUCUUUGAACAGCAUCUCUAAACGGUGUUAUGCGACUCAAAGAAGUGGUUCUCUGACUGAACCUCUUGCUUUGCAAAAACAUGCAGCAGCCCCUCUCACCCCACAAAAUGUCCAGGUCUCCAAACUCUCGAAUGGACUUGUUAUUGCGUCCCAGGAGAAUCACUCGCCCAUGUCCAACGUUGGUCUGUUUGUUAAAGCCGGAAGUCGCCAUGAGGCUGUGAACAGCCAGGGGGUCGCUCAUGUCUUACGACUGGCAGCAAACCUGACUACAAAAGGUGCAUCUGCUUUCAAGAUUUGUCGUGGUGUGGAAGCUUUGGGUGGAAGUCUGAGUGUUACGUCAACACGAGAAACCACGGUCUACACAGCAGAGUGCCUGAGAGAUGACAUCCACUCGCUCUUGGAGUAUUUCAGCCUCGUAACCACAGGCCAAGAGUUCAGGCCCUGGGAGCUGAGCGAACUGACGACAAGAGUUAAAAUUGACAAAGCAAUGGCUCAACAGUGUCCUCAGAUAGGUGUGCUGGAGAAAUUGCACGAUGCUGCUUACAAAAAUGCCUUGUCCCAUUCGCUGUACUGCCCGGACUUUAUGGUUGGGCGUGUGACUCCCGAAGAGAUGCUUGCAUUUGUUCAACACAAUUUCACAACCGGCAGAAUGGCUCUUGUUGGACUCGGUGUCAAUCACUCUGUUCUGAGACAAUUAGGAGAAGGGCUGCUGAGUUCCCGCAGUGGGUCCGGAGCUCCCGUAUCUCGAGCUGUGUACCGUGGAGGUGAAGCCCGGAUACCCAGCCGGGACGAGCUGGUGCACUUGGUGGUGGCCUGUGAAGGCGCAGUGUCUGGAAGUGCCGAGUCCAACGCCUUCAGUGUCCUGCAGCACGUUCUUGGAGCUGGUCCUCAUGUGAAGAGAGGCUCCAAUGCCACUAGCAAGCUGAGCCAGGGCAUCGCCAAAGCCACGUCACAGCCAUUCGAUGCAACUGCCAUGACUGCUUCCUACUCAGACUCUGGCCUAUUUGGUGUCUAUACUAUCUCACAAGCAGGUGCAGCAAGAGAGGUGAUCAAGGCAGCUGUUUCUCAAAUAAGAGACGUGGCUGAGGGCAAUGUAACUGAUGCUGAUAUUGAGAGAGCAAAGAACCAGGUGAAGGUGGAAUAUUUGAUGUCCCUUGAGGACUCUGCAGGUCUGCUGGAGGAGAUGGGGGCGCAGGCUCUGAUGACAGGGACCUACCAGGCCCCAGACGCUGUUCUGGAGGCAAUUCAAGCAGUCACACCAGAACAUGUGAUCACGGCUGCAAAAUCAUUCAUGGAUGGCAAGAAAACAAUGGCAGCAAGCUGUCUAUUUCUGGCUGCCGAUAUCUUUGCAAUCGCCAGCAUCGCAAACCCAGACUGGAUCAACACGGGUGAAUCAGCAGGUGCGCUGACGGUGGGCCUGGUCCGGCAGUGUCAGACCAUUCAUGGGCGUGACCGCACCUGCAUCCCCCCGCGGCUGCCUCCCGAGUGGGUCACUACGCUCUUCUUUAUCAUCAUGGGCAUCAUCUCCCUCACCGUCACAUGUGGACUGCUGGUGGCAUCACACUGGCGCCGAGAGGCUACCAAAUACGCCCGCUGGAUUGCCUUCACUGGAAUGAUCCUGUUCUGCAUGGCAGCGCUCAUCUUCCCUAUAGGUUUCUAUAUUAAUGAAGUUGGAGGCCAGCCAUACAAACUGCCUAACAACACUGUGGUGGGCUCUUCGUAUGUGCUCUUCGUUCUCUCCAUUUUCUUCACCAUAGUGGGACUGCUGUUUGCAGGAAAGGUGUGCCUCCCGGGCUGA